AUAGACAGGAUGAGACCACAGAUGUGGUUUCGGCAGUGCUUUUUACCGAUAACGACGGUGCAUCAGGUGGUUGAAGGUGAACACGGGAUUUUCCAUCCCUCUGUGUGGUGGUGGUAUAUUUUUAAGGACAAAUUCAAGGGGCAGCGGUCAGGUGUGGUUCGGGGAAGGAACAGGAUGAUCCGGCAGCCCUCUGCAGUCUCGGUGGGACCGUGCCGCCUCGAAACCCCAGCGCUUGAAAUCCCAGAGCCAACACCCACCGACGCGGUGUUUAACAGCGCCGAGCGCGCGGCUCCUGCUGUAAUUGAAACGCCAGCCCUCGGGGAGGUCACCCGGCUCCAUUCAUCCGGCGUCGGCUGCAGACUGGUUUUUGCUGGCUCUUCGGCACCGGCCGGGGCGGGUUUCGGCCGGAGAAAAGCGCCUGACUUGGUUACUGGGGCUGUAAAACACAAGGGGAAUGACUGGUUUCCCAGCUGGGCUUUGCGUUGUUCAUCGGCGGCAGCUGAUGGGAAAACCACAGCUGGGGAAAGGCUUGUGACCUCUUGCUGGAACGGUUCGGGGGUUGAUUUGAGGAGCAGGGCUCAGCCGUGGUGGUUUCGGUGGUGGUUUCACCGUCGGGUCUCGCUUUCCAAAUGCGGAUGUACCAGGAGAUUAUUUUUAAAGCCCACGUUGCUGAGGUCUAGGACGACAACCAUCUCUUGAGUUGGCUGGACUUGGCGUGGAAGAGCUUUGCUCCUCGGUGAGAUGUCCACCAAGGUGCCGAUCUACCUGAAGAGGGGCAGCAGGAAGGGGAAGAAGGAGAAGCUCCGCGACAUCCUCUCCUCCGACAUGAUCAGCCCGCCCUUGGGGGACUUCAGGCACACGAUUCACAUCGGCAGCGGCGGGGAGAGCGACAUGUUUGGGGACAUCUCCUUCCUUCAGGGCAAGUUUCAUCUCCUCCCCAGGACCGAAGGCAGCUUCGACUCCGACAAGGACAGCCCCGACGCGGCGCCGUUCGAAUUCUCCAGGACGGCCACCAUUUCCGGAUGCGAGCAGCCGUCCUCGGAGACUUCAUCUCCCCUCCUCAAAAACGCCAUCUCCUUGCCCGUCAUCGGGGGGCCGCAGGCCUUGACGCUGCCCUCGGCGCAAGCCCCACCAAAACCGCCGCGGUUACACCUCGAUGACAAAGCUCCGUCGGCGCGAAGCUGGGAAGGUGGGGAGGAGAACGGCGAGGGCAGAAACGCCGCCCCGCUGCCGCAUCCCUGCGCCUCGCGUUUUGCCGCCCCGACGAACGGCUUUGCCGAGGAGAAGGGCAAUGCCGAGCCGUCCUUCCUCUCCCAUGCCGGCUCCCUCCUUUCCCUCCACGUGGAUUUGGGGCCGUCCAUUUUGGAGGAUGUCCUGCAAGUGAUGGAGAAACACCAAGCAGAGAGAGUGGGUGGAUCUAUACAGGAUUCGGGCAGGCAGGAAAUCUUGACGUGAAGACGACUCAAGAGCCCGUCGUGCAAACGGGAUGUGAGCGUUUAUCCUCGGCGCCGCUCCCCGCAGACCUCCGGCUAUUCCCUCAGCACGGGGAGAAAAAAAAAAACCAACACCCUACGAAGCCAAGACGAAACAGGCAGCGCUCGCUGCCGGAUUAAAUCGCCGCUUGCCUGUAUCAACUUCACCUUCAGCAACGGAUCGAACCGUAGGACUGCGCCGACCGGCAGAAAAUAAGACAUCGCGCCGUUAUAAAUGUUUGUUGUACUGGACGGGAUGAAACAGCGAUGGUUGAAUUCCCAAAUGUCUCGUUCGGGAGGAUUUUGGGGGGUUUGGGGUUUUUCUUUUUUUUUUUUUUUUUUUGCUUGAAGAGGGGCUGCGGUUUGCACUCAGUCGAGGCGAGGGUGUGACACUUGCUGUCUGCCAGCCACCUGACUCAUCAAGGUGAUGUCAAAUGUCAGCCUUCGACUUAAUUUUCUUUUGAGAUCCCACAAAUUGGUAAAUCUAGCGGUUACGUGGCAAAAGGUUCCAUCGGGCUUUAACGUUGCGCCACCUCUAAGGAGAAGCUAAAAGCUCUCCGCGGAGAAGCUAAAAAACCCCUCUUGGGCUGUAUUUUAGCAACUUAGUCCGUGGCUGGAGCUUGGGGUUGGAAUUUAAAGUCGUAAAUAAGAUGAAAAAACCAACAACAGCAAAAAAAAGAAAAA